UACUUUCUGCAACACAUCCAUGGCUCUUGAAGCUCUCAGUUCUCCUACCCCUUUCACCAACAAAUAUGACGACAUCGACACUUGGAAGAAAGGCAAACUUUCUAAACGCCAACGCAAUGACUCUCCUAUUCAACCCACCACUGAAGAAGAGUACAUCGCUCUCUGUCUCAUCAUGCUCGCUCGUGGCCGCUCCCCCUCUUCGUCACCGCCUCCACCCGCUGCUGCUGCUCCGCCUCUGCCUUUGAACUUGUCCUACAAGUGCAGCGUUUGCAACAAGGCUUUCCCUUCUUAUCAAGCUUUGGGCGGGCAUAAGACCAGCCACCGCAAGCCCUCCACCGAUGCCGCGGCUACCACCACCAACGUCGAUAAUCCAUCAACAACCGGCGCCACCACUAACGGUAGCGGUAGGCUUCAUGAGUGUUCCAUCUGCCACAAGAGUUUCCCUACAGGUCAAGCCUUGGGAGGCCACAAACGUUGCCACUACGAAGGCGGCAACAACAAGUCCGGUAGUAGCCCCAGCGUCAGCGUCAGCUGUGUGACGUCAUCAGACGGCGCCGCUUUGAGUCAGAACCACCGUGUCCCCGACUUUGACUUUGACCUCAACCUACCCGCUUCGCCGGAGUUCUGCGGGGAGAACAAAGAUGGAAGAUUCAGUCAAAUGUACGGAGAAGAAGAGGUUGAAAGCCCAUUGCCAACAAAGAAACCACGUUUUUUCAUUUCCAGAAAAGAGAAUCUGGAUUCAGAAUCAAAUUGAAUUCACAAAAA